GUAGAAACACACUUCCCAUUUCCGUAUAAAACCUAAAGGGAAAUCAAACUGCUCGUCUUCGCAAUGCCCAUCUCACCUCGACUACUAUCUGCUAACUUGCGCAUAUUACCUACCCCAUCGCUUCCUCUCCUCCGAUCAACGCCGUCCGUUCCGUUGUCAUUUGACACAUUCCCCGCCGCAUCGCUGUCUUGCUCUAUUUGUACUAAAAGUUUGUCCUUAACAGAGAAGGGUAUUAGACCGUUUGGAUCUCGCACGAAAGCAUCAAUGGCUGAUUUUGCUACUGGGGAGAGGAAGGACAAAGUACAGGUGUUCGAUUCCGAAGAGGAGUUAAAGGCGUCUUUGGCGAAAUACACUGCCGAUUUAUCUGAGAAAAUCUGCAAAGAGAGAGAUUCCUUUUCCGUAGUUUUCUCCGGUGGGUCGCUCAUCAAGUGUCUCGGGUAAUGCACUAAUGUUUCUCCCUCAUCUACACUUCAUGUAUAUCAUCCUUACUACGAAGUAUUAUUAUUGUUAAGUCAAAUCAAUGCCUGACCGUCUGGGUUUCAACUGCAGGAAAUUGCUGGAACCUCCUUAUGUCGACUCUGUAGACUGGUCGAAAUGGCAUAUUUUUUGGGUGGAUGAGCGUGUCGUUCCAAAGGAUCAUCCGGAUAGCAAUUACUUGCUCGCUUAUGAUGGUUUUCUAUCAAAGCUAUCCAUUCCUGCUGAUAAUGUGUAUGCCAUUAAUGACGCCUUGUCUGCUAAAGGUGCAGCUGAUGAUUAUGAGUCCCGUCUCAAGCAUUUGGUCAAAACCAAAAUAGUGUGUGUGUCUGAGGCGAGCGGUUUUCCACAAUUCGAUCUAAUGCUAUUGGGAAUGGGUCCGGAUGGGCAUGUUGCUUCUCUCUUUCCUGGGCACCCGCUUCUCAAGGAAAAAGAGAAGUGGGUCACGUUCAUCGAGGACUCUCCUAAACCUCCUCCAGAAAGGAUCACUUUCACGUUGCCUGUUAUCAACUCUUCUGCAAACAUUGCUCUUGUUGUACCAGGGGCUUCCAAGGCAGAUGCUGUUUAUACAGCAUUGGGGGGAGGCAGUAAAAAUCCUAUUUCCUUGCCCGUGCAAAUGGUUUCGCCUGAAGGGGAACUGGUCUGGUUUUUGGAUAAGGGAGCUGCUUCAAAGCUCUAAGCACUAGCUAAGGAAACAUGCGAGUGACUUUUGUUGUCGAUCUCUUGAUGAGUAUUCCGCUAAUGUAAUCUCAACAGUGCUGUGUUUCGUUGUACUAUCAAGCAAUAAAGACUAUAUAAUUGUACCUUAAAAGACUGUAUGGGAUGGCUUCGUAUAUGGAGAAAUUAGGGAAAGAAAACAGGGAGAAUAAUACAAGAUAAUUUUGUUAAUAAAGAAAAUGUUAAGAAGUCUAUAAGCAUUAUUCCUAUCUUUUAUCAAUCCUACAUUCCUACCAGAUCCUAAAUGUGUAUUGGGCCUUUUGGGUUAGGAGACAUACCUGCCUCUCAAAACCUGCUAUAAAAGAAAAUGUUCUUUAUUAA